AGAGAGAGGAGGUCGGCCGUGCGGGUCGUGUGAAGCCGAGGAUCCUUGAGAAUACUGAGAUUACCGUGAUUCCGUUUUUUUAUACUCCACCCUCCGUUUCCUCCUCCCGGUUUUCAGCAGCGUUUCUCCUCCAGGAUUCCGCCCGUUCCUCUGAUCCUCUUCGGGGUUUUCAGAGAGAUUUGCUCUGUGUGCAGACACAGGGAGAACCGGAGCUCUGACACCGGGCACAGAGCCGCUGUUUAUCCGCCUCACAGAGCGCGGAGAGCGGGGAGCAGCAGCCGCUAAACAGCCUCUCUUCCUCCGGCACGGAAAGGAGGAUUUACCCCGAAAACAUCACGGAGAAACCGGAGCAGCUCCACGAUCUGCUCGACUCAAUGGGAGCCCAAACCCAGUGAGGGGGGAGAGAAGAGGAGGAAGAGGAAGGAUAAAGACCAGAACAAAAAAGGAAGAUCUCCCCCCCAACACAGAGGAAGAUCUGAGAGGAGAGUCAGGGUGCUGCAUGCCCCCUCAUUACUCCCCCCAUAACUCCCCCCCUCCCACUCGGACAUUAGCUUGUUUUCUGCAUCACUGACGGAGUAUUAUGCGUUCCUCAUGGAGUUCUGGAGGCGUGGGGGUGAGACAGGGGACUGGAGCCCUGCUGCUGCUGCUGCUGGUGGUGGGGGGGGGGUCUCUCUGUGGAGGGGGGGGGGGCAGCUGGAGGCCUCCAUGACCUCCUCUCUGCUGAUGGACUUCCAGCAGGACUCCCAGCAGGAGACAUCCUUCUUCCCAGACUCCUCAGCGGUGGUGGGGAGGGUGUUCAGCGCAACGCUGCCCAACAACAACAUGGAGGACGUCUACCUGGGGGACGUCGUCAAGAUCUCAGAGAUCGGGAAGGACUCGCUCCCUCCCUGGCUGCACUGGGACUCCAGCAGCAGACUCCUGCAGGGUCUUCCUCUGGAGGAGGACAAAGGCGUCCAUUACAUCUCCGUCUCUAUCUCCAACCACACAAAAUCCUCCUUUUCCUCUGAGGUGUUUUCCAUCGAGGUGCACCCUGAAGACCACCUGGACGCAGAUUCGGCUCAGCUGGUCUCCAACCAGGCGCCCACUGCGGAGGACGUGCAGCCGUUCAUGUGUAGCAACGAGGAGCCGGUGACAGUGCUGACGGUGAUCCUGGACGCGGAUCUGACCAAGAUGAGCUCCGUACAGAGGGUGGAGCUGCUGGAGAACAUGAGGGGCUUCUCCGGGGUCGGGCUGACACACAUGAAGAUACUGCCUGUGGUCAACAACCGGCUGUUUGACAUGUCCGCCUUCAUGGCCGGGCCCGGGAACGCCAAAAAGGUGGUGGAGAAUGGCGCCCUGCUGUCCUGGAAGCUGGGCUGCUCCCUGGACCAGAGCUCAGUCCCGAAUAUCAACAGCGUCCAGGGUCCGGCGAAGAAGGGCAGCAUGUCGGCCAGGCUGGGCUACCCGGUGGUGGGGUGGCACAUCGCCAACAAGAAGCCCCAUGUCCCUAAACGGGUGAGGCGCCAACUAAACAACACCCCGACCCCCGUUCUGGCGGUGCUUCCUCCGACUACGGUGGUGGAGCCUCCGGUGAGGAUCGUCCCAACCCUUUCCUCGCCCUCUAUUGCUGCCCCGACCGAGAGCUCCGCCCCCCCUGUAAGAGGCCCAGUCCCCCUGCCAGCCAAGCCAACCAUCAAAGUCCUUCAAUCCAUCGCCCACACCCCAACACUGGGACCCCCUCAACCAACAAGGGUCAUGGAGACCACCAGCACCCUCCCUAUCCAGCCCACCAUGACCAGGCCUACGUACGUAGAGGCGACUGUGACCCCACCCAUACCUACGAGAAAACCUACUAAGAAACCCAGGAGACCCAAAUCCACACCCUCACCCAGGGAGCCAAAGACCACCACAGCGAAGCCGCCAAGGCGCACCACACCCUCCCCGGGGGUCCUGAUCCCAGACCCAGCCAACGAGAAGCCCGUCCUGCGUAACCCCAUCGACCAGGUCAAUGCUUUGGUGGGAACCUACUUCGAAGUCAAGAUCCCGUCGGAUACAUUCUUUGACAAAGAGGACGGGACAACUGACAAGCUGCGUCUAACUCUGAGACAGAAACACAACGAGGUGGUUGGGGAGACCUCCUGGAUCCAGUUCAACACCACCAGUCAACUCCUGUAUGGGCUGCCUGAUGCCCAGCAUGUGGGCAAACACGAGUACUUCAUGCAGGCAACGGACAAAGGCAGCCUGAAUGCUAUUGAUGCGUUUGAGGUGCGUGUGAACCGCUGGCCUGUCAAUGAUAAAUCCCCUGUCAUCUUCACAGCCCGGUUCGAAGGUGAGCCGCGUUCAAUAACAAACGACAUCCACAAGAAGAUCCUCCUGGUCAAGAAGCUGGCCUAUGCACUGGGAGAUCGCAACAGCAGCACAGUUAGUCUCCGAAACAUCACCAAAGGGUCCAUCGUGGUGGAGUGGACAAACACCAGCCUCCCUCAGAACCCCUGUCCAAAGGAGCAGAUAGCCAUCCUGAGCAGGACGCUGGCCAGUGCUGACGGAAAACCCUCCCAGACUUUCAGGUACUCCAUGGAUCCUGAGUUCAGACCUCUGGACGUCCAGGUGAAGGGACGGGCAAGCUGCAGGACUUUCUCCUUCAUCCCACCCGGAGAGAUCGAUAUCCCAGAACCCCCUGCGGUCACUCCGGCUCUGGGAACGGGCCGGCAGAGCACCGAUGACGUUUAUCUGCACACCGUCAUCCCCGCCGUAGUGGUGGCAGCCAUCCUGUUGAUCGCAGGCAUCAUCGCCAUGAUCUGCUACAGGAAGAAGAGGAAGGGCAAGCUGACCAUCGAGGAUCAGGCUACCUUCAUCAAGAAGGGCGUGCCCAUCAUCUUCGCCGAUGAACUGGAUGACUCUAAGCCGCCUCCCUCUUCCAGUAUGCCCCUGAUACUGCAGGAGGAGAAACCCCCCCUGCCCCCUCCGGAGUACCCCAACAUGGCCACACCGGAGACCACCCCCCUGAACCAGGAGCUGCUGGGGGAGUACACCGCCCUGCGGGACGAGGACCCCAACGCGCCUCCCUACCAGCCGCCGCCCCCCUUCACCACUCCCAUGGACGGCAAGGGCUCCCGUCCCAAGAACAUGACCCCCUACAGAUCUCCACCCCCAUACGUACCCCCUUAAGACUUGCUCCACCCUCCCCUUGCCGGGUGGAGGGAGAGGACACCUGAGGAACUGUGACGGUUUCCAUUCUGGUGUUUGUCUGUCUGGACUUUUACAGGGAGAGAUGACAAGAGGUGCUAAAGUACAAAACAGCUACAGGGGAGUCUGGUUUGGGAGGGGGCGUCAUGAGGUGGGUGGGGUUUAACAGUAGACAAUGGGAUUGGUUGAAUCAGCUGGGAGGGACUACUGAUCCAGUGGUAGAUCAGCUACUACAGUGGCCUAAAGACAAACAAAAUCUUGACCCGCCGUCUUUCCGGCCGACUCGUCGGUCAGGAGCGGCGAUUGGGAGCGGUGCUCUCCCAUCCCAGCAUUCAUUUUGCUCAUUUUAAAUACCGGAUUUUAUUCAGUUUUUCAUCAUUACCCCGAGGUUAUUAUCUUUUUUUCUUGACUGAAGUGUUUGCUAACAAGUCUUCUCGGUAUUGCUUUUUAAUAAUACGAGAAGACAGCAAUUUGCCAUCAGACCUUUAGGCAUCAAUCCGGGUUUUUAAUAAAGAGUGAGACCCUCUGAAUAACAAAAUCACACGACGGAUCUCACAUCAGCCUGCAGACCGUGUGUGUGUGUGUGUGUGUGUGUGUGUGUGUGUGUGUGUGUGUGUGUGUGUGUGUGUGUGUGUGUGUGUG